AUGGAUAGACGACGCCGGAGACAGAGCAAAGCAAAGGCUUCUUGUUCCGAAGAAGUGAGUAGCAUCGAAUGGGAAGCUGUGAAGAUGUCGGAAGAAGAAGAAGAUCUCAUUUCUCGGAUGUAUAAACUCGUUGGGGACAGGUGGGAGUUGAUCGCCGGGAGGAUCCCGGGACGGACGCCGGAGGAGAUAGAAAGAUAUUGGCUUAUGAAACACGGCGUCGUUUUUGCCAACAGACGAAGAGAAUUUUUUAGGAAAUGA